AUGGCAUCUUACCCCGUCACAUACGUGCGCAGUCUCGAGGCAAAAGUCAAGUCUCUCGAAAAGGAAAUCAAUUCACUAAGAUCCGCGACAGGAAGAGAACUAGACUCUCGAGCGGAACUCAUAAAUCCGGAUACAAGUGAUAUUAAUAUUGCCCUCGGUCGUCAAGAGACGGAGGCAAACAGCACGAACUUGCUUUAUGAGCCCUCGCCUACCCAGCUGCCUCUCUUGCAGUCCUCCCCUUCCUUCGUCGAAGAGCUCAAAAUCCUCUCCUUCGAGGCAACGGCUGAUCGUCAUUUGGGAUCUUCCUCCGGCCUCUCCUUCGCCAAGCUGACACAAACCGUUCUUCGGCGUCUGAAUCCCGACAAGGCCGACUUUAGCUUCGCUCAUUUUGAACCCGAGGGUGGCAUAUGGCCGCAGUUGAACCUUCCCUCCUCGACUUCGGACCUCUUAGAUUCAACGUUGUUCAGUGGAUUCAGAGACUCUUUCAUGUGCUACCCUUCGAUGCUUGACGGGUUCUCCCCGACCGCGCCAACCGAGCCCAUCUCCCUUCCAGAGCAACAGGUCUCUCUUGAAGGCAGUCAUGUUGACCAGCUCAUACGUUUCUACUUUGCUCACUCGCAUACGUUAUACCCGAUCGUUCACCGCCAGGAGUUCAAUAAUAUACUGGAGCAUGUUCGAGCGGAUCCUCAGUGUGCUUUAGCUCAAUCAUCCCUAUGUCAAUUUCGCCUAUGGAUGGUCCUUGCCAUUGGAUCAACUGCGCAAUGUUCAGUCACCCUUUCAGAUGAGCACGAAUCAAUGAUGUACUACAAGAAAGCACUCGAGCACUUUGAGGGGGCUCUCGAUUAUGGAUACAUGGCCGCGUUGGAAGUUUUACUUCUGCAAGUAUCUUAUUCUUUCUUCAACCAGCUUGAACCCAAUACAUGGACAUUGGUUGGUCUCGGUGCACGUAUGGCAAUUGGAUUAGGCAUGCAUGCUUCCUCAACCUACGAAGGCCUACCAGCAGACGUGUCUGAAAAGCGGAAGAGGCUCUUCUUUUCCGUUUACAUGAUGGAUCGCGUAGUAUCUAUAGCUCUAGGUCGCCCAUUCGCCAUAAAUGAAGAUGACAUCGAUGUGACGCCCUUCGCGGUGGAAAACGAUAGUGACGUUGGGGCACAAAUUGAUCUGCUCGAGAACUCAUUUAAGCCUUCAAUACUGACCGUUCCACUCCACAUCCUCGAGCUACGGCAGAUUGCCAGCAACAUCACGACUUCAGUCUAUUCGCACCGAAUGUCAGCCAGCCUUAAUGCCGAACAGCGCGAAGAGUUGUCAAACUCGCUUCACCAAAGACUUCUUAACUGGCGUCGUAAUAUGCCAUUUCCUCUUCCAAACACCGACGCUGCAGUGCCGCACCUCAACAGCAGCUGGUAUGCCUUCAACUAUUAUCUCCAUGUCGCCAUGUUGUAUCGACCAUCUCCGCUGUUCCCGACUCUGCCAGAACCUCGUGUCAAAGUGUGUCUUGCAUACAAUUGGCUCAACCUUCUCUCGAUAUUUACCGCAACUUUGUCCCUAAUAUACGCUACAACUGCCCAACCUGAUAAUCUCAUCUCUGUUUUGAGAGACAAGGGAGCAGUGGCGGACCUUGACUUGACUAUCGAGCUAUUUGACAAGCUUAGCGUCAAGUUCCCUGUGGCUGGGGUUAUUGAAGAGGCUUUCUCACUCGUGCCUGUCCUCGCAACGACUCUGGCGUUACUGGCCUGCUAUGUCGCCUAUAAUGUUGCCUUCGGCACUGACAUCCCUCACAUCAAGGGACUUCCUCAAAUGCCUGGCGCUGUUCCAAUGUUUGGACAUCUUCUAAGGCUCGGCGAAGACCACGCGAGCACUUGCGAGAAUUGGUGGCGGAAAGGGAACCCAUCCACCUUCCAAAUCAAGCUGGGAAACACGAGAGCCGUAGUGUUCAACUCAUAUGAAGACAUCCGUCGUCUGCUCAUUGGAUAUCAGAAUGCAGUCAUUGACCGGCCGAAAUUGUACACCUUCCACGGUCUCAUCAGCAGUACGCAGGGCUUCACGAUCGGAUCGUCGCCCUGGGAUGACUCGUGCCGCCGAAAACGCAAGGCCGCAGGCACGGCGCUUGGAAGACCCGCCCUUCGGAGUUACUAUCCGAUGUUCGACCUCGAGAGCUAUUGCAUCCUCCGAGAUCUGCAUAAGGACAGUCGCAACGGUGAGGUGGAGAUUAGCGUGCGACCGUAUAUCCAACGGUAUGCGUUGAACACCACCUUGACGCUCUGCUACGGUAUUCGAAUGGACGCUGUCUACGAUGACCUGCUACGCGAGAUUCUGCACGUUGGUUCGGCAAUCUCGCUCUUGCGUAGUGCUUCAGAGAACACCCAAGACUACGUCCCCAUCAUGCGGUACUUCCCAAACAAUGAGAAGAGCCGUCGUUCUAAAGAUCUCAGGGAACGCCGAGACGCGUAUUUGAAUCUGCUUCUGGAUAAAGUGCGGGAGCAGAUCAAGCGGGGUACCGAUAAGCCCUGCAUUUCAGCAGCAAUUUUGAAGAACGAAGAAACUAAGCUUAGCGAGGUUGAAGUCUCGUCCAUCUGCCUGUCGCUUGUGUCCGGAGGAUUCGAGACGAUACCGGGGACUCUCACCUCGGCUAUCGGAUCCCUUGCCACAAAGGAGGGACAGGCCUGGCAGGACCGGGCUUACGAAGACAUCAAGCGUUACUACCCAGACGUGCGCGAAGCAUGGGCUUCCUGCUACGCAGAAGAGAAAAUUCCCUACAUCAACGCCAUUAUUAGGGAAGCUGGGAGGUACUACACAGUCAGUUCUAUGAGUCUUCCCCGAAAGACCGUCACCGAAGUGAAUUGGAACGGAGCCAUCAUACCCCCUAAGACAAUGAUCUUGGUCAACGCACAAGCCGGAAAUCAUGAUGUCAGACAUUUUGGUGAUGAUGCCGGUCAUUUCGAUCCCGAGCGGUGGCUUGAAAGUCUUAAUCCCCCAACAGAAAAGGAGAUCUCAGGCGUCGGUCACCUCAGCUUUGGAUUGGGUUCCCGCGGCUGCUCCGGGCAGUACAUCGCCCAGCGUCUACUAUAUGCGGCCUUGGUGCGGCUGCUAUCUUCGUACAAAAUUGUUGCAAGCGAAGAAGAACCUCCGAAUACCGACUAUGUCGAGUAUAACCAGUUCAAGACCGCUUUGGUGGCGAUCCCGAAGGACUUCAAGGUAAAGCUCAUCCCCAGAGACACCUCUGUGACGAGUGAUUGUUUGAGAGCUGCGGAGGAGAGAACUAGGGAGCAUUAUGUAGAGCAAGGCAGUUGGGAUACAUCCAUGCACGUCUAG